GUGAUGUUCCCUCUUCCUAACUCAGAUUGAUGCAGAUCCUUGCAAGCACCACAUAAGUGAUUGUGUUAUGGUGUUUAUACCAGUAGUUGCCUUUCAAAGAUUAAUUUCCUUUAAAUCUAUCUCAAAUUAAACUGGACUCCCAAGCCAAAAGCCAGCUCUAAAUGAAUGUCAUGCCAUAAAACUGAUCAUAUGGGACUUCAUUUUGCAGCUGCUUUUGACCAUACACCAAAAAUUGUCCUGUGUGAAACCACUGAGGAGCUUUUUUGCAGUACCUCAUAAAUGACAUUUCAGUUUAACUUUCUUUUUUUAAACUGUUGUGUGAUGUUGAUAAAUUUCUGGUUGAGCUCCUUUUGCAUUAACUCUGUUAUUGGUCACUGCUAACAUGAGGAGAGGUGAGUGAAGACCUCAAACUGGAAGACUUUUCAAUAGGGAAUUCACAGUAUUUUUCCAUUACUGCACAGCCUACACCAUUAAUAAGAUGAAAUUUAUUUAAUUCUUUGCAUCUGUUUUGUUGGCUUAUGCUCUCCCUGGAGUGGACUUUAAUAAAGCAAACCACUUACAUGUUGCUCAGUGUCUCACCAGCUGUCACUGCUCCAUGACUGCUUCCCAGCCCCUGCUUCCAUCUCCUUGGUGGUGCCUUUGUGCUUCAGAGGUUUCUAUCUGCCUGUGUGUCUCUCCUGGCACUCUUGCUGUUGUUGACAGGACUGUGUGAAAUUGCUGAAAGAAGUAAUGGAUGAUAAAGCUGAGAUCAGAAUGGACAGGCCUCUUCAGCUGAAGUUUGAAAUCCUGAGUGGAAAGUUGCUGCCUGUUCUGAGCCAAGAAACAGCACUGUAGUGUUCACUAAAGGGAGGGAUCUGGGAAUGAUGCUCCCAGGGGCUUUAGCUAUGCUGAGAUGGGACUGAGUUCUUUGUACUGAAAUUAUACCAGAGCACCACAAAUCUUAAUUUUUGCCUUUUCCCCUAAUGGAAAAUGCACCUAUUUUAAAGGUAGGUAGCAUGCUCUUCAAAGCCUAUUGAAAAGGUGGAACUUGGGAAGUGUGGCUCUAAUUUACUCCCAAAGUACACUUAGCACCCAGAGGUAAUUUACAGCAAACUCCUGUCUGUGCUCCUUGCACUGCAUUUACUCUGGGCUAAGGGUAGAACAGCAAGUUCCUUGUUUUUUCAGCUGUCACUGUGUUGUUUCCAUCUUUCAGUGAUGGCAAUAAAGAACAGAGUCUGCUGUCAUGGUAGGAAAAGGCACACACUUUUUCUGCUUCAUGUACCAUGAGAAAGGUCUCGUAAAGGGCAUUUGCAGUUGAUGAAGAAUGAGGUGGAAAAAUUGAGCUGCUGUUCUGAAUGCCAGGAGGAGUUAAUGUGCUGGAAACUGGAGACCAAUGAGGCGAGCUCCGAGUCGAUAGCUUCUUCCCCUAAAAGGGACACCAUGAGCAACUUCCUGCCAGACAGCAGCUGCUAUGAGUUGCUCACUAUCAUAGGCAGGGGCUUUGAAGAUUUGAUGGUUGUGAACCUGGCCAGGUAUAAACCCACAGGAGAGUAUGUCACAGUCAGAAGAGUGAACUUGGAGGCCUGCACAAAUGAAAUGGUCACUUUCUUGCAGGGGGAACUUCAUGUUUCCAAGCUCUUCAACCACCCUAACAUCGUGCCAUACAAAGCAACUUUCAUAGCUGACAAUGAGCUGUGGGUAGUGACUUCUUUCAUGGCCUAUGGUUCUGCAAAAGAUCUAAUCUGUACCCAUUUUACAGAUGGGAUGACUGAACUGGCCAUUGCUUACAUUCUCCAAGGUGUCUUGAAAGCACUUGACUACAUCCACCAUAUGGGCUAUGUGCAUAGGAGUGUUAAAGCCAGCCACAUCCUGAUCUCUGUGGAUGGCAAGGUGUACCUCUCUGGCCUGCGGAGUAACCUGAGUAUGAUCAACCAUGGGCAGCGACUCAAAGUUGUUCAUGACUUCCCCAAAUACAGCAUCAAGGUGCUGCCUUGGCUCAGUCCUGAGGUUUUGCAGCAGAAUCUGCAGGGUUACGAUGCAAAAUCUGACAUUUACAGCGUGGGGAUAACGGCCUGUGAGCUGGCAAAUGGACACGUCCCAUUUAAAGACAUGCCUUCUACUCAGAUGCUCUUGGAGAAGCUGAAUGGAACUGUUCCCUGCCUGCUGGACACCACCACGAUUCCUGCUGACGAGCUGACCAUGAAGACGUCGCGCUCCAGCGCGAACUACAGCAUGGGGGAGAGCACGGCCACGGGCAACGCGCGCGCGGCCAACGGGGAGCCAGCCCUGCACCCCUACCUGCGCACCUUCUCCACCUACUUCCACAACUUCGUGGAGCAGUGCCUCCAGAGGAACCCCGAUUUCAGGCCAAGCGCAGGCACUCUGCUCAGUCACCCCUUUUUUAAGCAGAUCAAGCGCCGUGCUUCCGAAGCACUCCCUGAACUUCUGCGCCCUGUCACCCCCAUCACCAAUUUGGAAGGGACACUGCCUCAGGAUCCCAGUGGCAUUUUUGGGUUGGUAUCAAAUCUGGAGCAGCUGGAUGUAGAUGACUGGGAAUUCUAGAAAAAUAGGGACUACGCUGAGGAGGAGCUUUCUGGACAUUGUAAUUUAUUGGUCCUGUUCAUAAAAGCUGAUGAGUGUUACACACAGAAGAGUUUACAGGUCCUUGGGAAGGAACUUAACUGCCUGUUUACUUAAGAAGUAGCCUGGAUACAAAUGGACAGACGUGAGCUGGAAAAGGAUCAACCCAAGGAGCUGUGGAGUAUUCCAGAAGGUGCAGUGCCCAGAGCCCCCAUUCUUCCAGCUGAGCUCUGGUAGAGCACUUGAGGGUGUUGAGUGAGUCUGUGUAGUUAUGGUAUCUAUUUAUGUGUUUCUAAAAAUCACUGGCUUCCUCACAGCUGAGGCUGCAUGUCCCUGCCCUCUUUGGUUCUUUCUCUUUUAAGGGUGCCUUAGAGUUGAGGGGAGGUGGGCAGCUUUUAGUUUUGGGCAUUCUCUUAGAACUAGUCAAGUUCCUGUAACAGUGUUGUCACAGGGCAAGUUUUUAAGGGGGGGAAAAAAGGGAUUCUAUUCUUAAUUACUGCUUUGUGAUGAAAAACAGGAGAUCAAAGACAAGCUGAUGCCAUUCCAGGCACUCUUGCUGCACUGAGCAUUCCUCUGCAGCACUGGAUUCUUCCAGUCUGGAGAGGGCUUUUGAAAACUUCUCAGUGGAUGCUGAGCACUCUGAACUCCAGGUCAGACAGGGCUUUCCAGCCUCCCCUUCCAGCUUCCUAGGUCACCAGAGCAGUGUGGAUGCCUGGGCAAUGUACCAGCUUUUUUAUCCCCUUCUAGUUGAACUUCAUGUUAGCUGGGCUGGUUUCACAGCAUGAAACACUCUUACCUGCCUGUUCUCAGUGACUUACCCUGGCACAGAGGAAAAGGAAAUUGAUUGUCAUGCUGAUCCUCUUGCUCACAACUCCUGUACAGAACUGAACUUUAACCUUUCCAUUACCAUUGCUGUUCUGCCUUCCCUCACUGACAGGUAAAAGCUGCUCACGUGGCUCCCUGUGAUUCAUGGCUGUGUGACUCUGCCCUGCUGCUGUGGCAGCUCUGCCCCAUUCCGUGGCGUUUGGUUUGUUUGGAGGUGUAUUUAAGGCUUUUAGUUUGACUUUUUUUUUUUCCAAGGACCGUGGUGCUGAAGGUCAUCUGCUCUUUACUGAAGCACUGAGAAUCCUUGUAUAGGUGCAGUUGAUGGGAGUAGUGGUGCUGGCAAACAGGUCCUUUUUGUGUUUAUAAAUUGUACUUGAACCCACAUAAAGUUUGUUACUCUAGUUUUUUUUUUUUUUCCAAAACAAAUAAAAUAUUUCUGAAGUUGUUUUUUAA